GAUUCCAAGAAAUUCACGACUAAUAUUCAAGAUUCUAACCUCAUCAUUUGCUGAAUAAACCUCUUAUUCACAAAAUGGUUAUGCUCUAUAUGCCAGGCCUCGAUGCAGCAUUGCACUUGUCACUGUCCACGAUACUUCCUAACUUGAAAAAUUCAUGCUGCAAACCAAGACCAGUAGUUCUUGCUCUAAGCCGUGUAUCGAAUGGUAUGCAGACAAUAGAAGCGCUACUAACAUGCAAUCAGAAAAGAAAAAGGGAUCAAAACGGUUCAUUUACGCCGAAAUUUACUCCGAAUUCUCAAUCAGAAGAUGACUGGGAUGACACACUCGAUCUAUCAUUUAAGGAGCUUACAAAAGACAUACGUUUCCCUGUGAGAGACUAUACACUAACCGAUACCGAGCUGGAUGAGAAUAAAUAUCCUGUUGAUAAGCCAGGUUUUGAGUCUACAUUUCCUUACGACUCGGGGCGUCCUUUUCAUAGAAUGUUAGCAAUUGAUUGUGAGAUGUGCAUAACAAGAAAGGGGUUUGAACUGACAAGAGUCACUCUAGUGGAUCUCCACGAACAGGUUGUGUUAGAUAAAUUAGUUAAACCUUCAAGUCCUAUCCUUGAUUACAAAACAAGAUUUAGUGGAAUAACUGCUGAGAUGUUAGAUGGGGUGACGACAAGUCUGGCAGACAUUCAGGACGAAUUUGUGAAACUUGUCAAGAAAGAAACCAUUCUUGUUGGACAUUCCUUGGAACAUGAUUUAUCAGCAUUGAAGAUAUCACAUGACUUGGUGAUUGACACGGCUGUAUUAUACCAAUACUCCCGAGGGUCUUCUCAUAAAUCUGCUCGGUGGUCUAAAUCUGCCGGGUCUUCGCGUAAACAUUCUCUACGGUAUCUUGCUAAAAGAUUUCUUUCAAGGGAGAUACAGCAACCGGGGACUGAACAUGACAGCAUUGAAGAUGCUAUAGCUGCCAUGGAAUUGGCAGUGUUGAUGAUCAGAAUUCCCAAGUAACUAACUCUUCAAGUGAUAUAGGACUUUUUAGAUAAUCAAAAGAUUAGAAGUUAGAUACAAUUUGGUAGCACAUAGCUUACACUUGAAUAAUUAAAACACUCGAAAAAGAUCAAGGAAAACUCAGUUUAACCAUCA